UUUUUUUAGUUCAUUCUUCUUUCUUUCAUUUCUUCCAUAAAACGUUUUAUAGCUAUUACUCUCCUUAGACUCCACUCAACCGUGCAAGAUCUGGUGUCAUUUGAUCGACUCGGAACUGAUCCGCAACAAGGGCUUGUUCCCAGAUGGUACUCCAUGUGGUCCCGAUCAAUACUGCAUAGGUGGAAUGUGUCUUCCACUUGGAUGCGGGAAUGAAGCAGUUGUGGCUAGUGAGAGUGACUGUCCGAAUCGGAACCCAACUCAUGGGUGGAGUGAAGUAAAAGAACAACGGCCAUGUUUGCCUCGUUUACCUAUGUGUCAGUUGCUCAGCGAAUGGGGUGAAUGGGGUCCAUGUGAAAGCGAAUGUGGACAAGGAGAACAGAAGCGAAAGCGAUUGUGCUUAUCCAAUGAUUGCGAUGAAGAGACAGAGGAACGGCGGCCGUGUUGGAAUCCUGGAAAGCGCUGUUCAUCUGGAACAUGGGGUGAUUGGCUGCCAUGCUCUGUUUCAUGCGGCAUUGGGUUUCAAAUUCGUGAGCGACUAUGCGAUGGAAUACUUUGCCCUACAGCGAAUAAGCAAGCAAGAACAUGUAAUGAACAGCCAUGUCCAUCCAAAAGUUUAAAUGAUUACGAAUGGAAAGAAUGGAAUGAAUGGAGUGAAUGUAGUCAAACGUGUGGUGAUGGACUACAAUACAAAGAAAGGUUAUGCAAAAGAGGUCACUGUCCACCAUCGGAGUUCAUAGAACGACGUCGUUGCAUCAAUUCACCAUGUCCGAUGUGGGAUGAUUGGAACGAGUGGUCAGAAUGUCCGUCGUGUUCCCGUCUUCAUAGUCGAACGAGAACCCGAACAUGUCUUUCAAAUUCUAAGGAAGAAAAUGCUACUUGUGAUGGACCGUUACGGAUGGAAGAGCCAUGCGAUCAACAUUGUAGCGCCAAUGGAAGCGAUAAUAAUCGGCCGGAUAUUGAGCUUGUGACUGCUAAAGGAAGGCGACGGGUUAUCGCACAUGGAGGACGAAUUGUUCCAGUCGUUGAUGACAAAUGGGGUGAAUGGACAAAAUGGACGGAAUGUUCCCAUACUUGCGGUGGUGGAACGAGAAGAAGGGCUCGCAUAUGUAUCGGAAACAAGUGCCCAUCUCAACCUCUCGAAUCUGUCAAGGAGAUCUGUAAUCAAAAUUCGUGUCCAAGUGGAAUCAGUUUUAGUCGUGUAGUGCUUCUCCUGGUGGCUGGUCGGACUGGUCUGAAUGGUCGCAGUGCUCAAAGGACUGUCAAGGAACGGGGCAUCAGAUUCGCAAUCGAAUGUGCUCUGAACCACUUCCAGUCAAUAGAGGUAUGUACUGUGUGGGUUACUCUUUUGAUCAACGUCCGUGCACAUCAUCAACACCGUGUGGUGAUCGAGUUGAUGGUGACUGGAGUGAUUGGAGUGAGUGGAGCAAGUGCGACGACACAUGCACGAAUGUUCAAAGAAGUCGUACAAGGUUAG